AUGUGGCGUUUAGCGGUUGCAACUGGGAGUCAUAAUUCAAUUGCAGCAUGGUGGACUCUGGUUGUGAUUGGAGGUCGUGUUUCGGUUGUGGCAAGUAGUCCUCUCGAAUCAGAGGCCGUGCGCUUACGCGGGCCACCAUCGGCGCGAAGCGUCCCUUUGCCGCCACCUGCGUUGCCGAAUUCUCUGUUUCUCCCUCCUUCCCCGGCUGUCCUCCGUAACGUAAUAGGGUUUUCAGGUGAAAGGCUGGAGAAAAUGCUUAGUCGUCCGAUGUUUGUAGCUUUGACCGAGAGGGUCUUCUGGGGUUGGUUCUUUCUUAUGGUCGGCUCAUUCUCGUUUGUGGGUUUCCUAUAUGCUGCCGUUAUAUCGAAGCUUCAGCCUCCGUCUCAUAGUGUGAUCAUACGGGCAAUACAAGAUGAUUGUGUAUCUUCAUUGGUUAAGCAUGAAAUUGUUCAAGCAUGCAUGAUAUACUUUGGCAAGGCUUCUACUUUGGACCUCUUUCCGAAAACGACUUUUCGUAUUUUGACAUUAAGGUCUUGUAUACAAGAAUGGUUUGUGUUGUGGUCUUGCCUUAGAAAGCUAAGGCUGAUGGCUUUGCUACCACCUGGUGCCGAAUUAUUGAUUAGUGAGAUUGAAGGAUUUGAUUGA